AUAAUCACUGGGUCGCAUGUCGUCACUGGCAACUAGAAGCUCACACAACGCCAAGCGCAGAAAUGUUGCUCCGUCGCGUUCGAACAACCCUCGCCGCCGCGCGCUAUUUCUCUGCGGUGGCGGCAGUGGCGGCGAAGCCCGCAACCACUGGCGGCGCCCCCAUCGCCGCCACGAACUCCGCCGGACGAGACACGCUGGGAAGACGACUUUUGAGCCUCGUGUACGCCAAACGCAGCGCCGUGAUCGCAAUACGGAAAUGGAAAGAGGAAGGGCACGUAGUCCGAAAGUACGAGCUCAAUCGCAUCGUUCGCGAGCUCCGAAAGCACAAGCGCUUCAAGCACGCCCUCGAGAUAUGUGAAUGGAUGAAAAUACAAGGUGACAUCAAGCUGCAACCGGGAGAUUAUGCGGUUCAUUUGGACUUGAUUGCAAAAGUUCGUGGUCUAAGUAGUGCAGAAAAGUUUUUCGAAGAUCUUCCCGAUGGACUGAAAGGCCAGCCUACCUGUACUUCUCUUCUCCACACCUAUGUCCAGCACAAGGAAUCUUCUAAAGCUGAGGCUCUUAUGGAAAAAAUGUCUGAAUGUGGUUUCUUGAAAUACCCUCUUCCUUAUAACCACAUGCUUUCUCUGUACAUCUCCCAGGGCCAAUUAGACAAGGUUCCUGCAGUGAUUCAAGAUUUGAAGAAGAACACUUCACCGGAUGUGGUCACUUACAAUCUGUGGCUAACUUCCUGUGCCUCACAGAAUGAUGUUGAGGCUGCAGAGAAGAUCUUUCUCGAGCUAAAGAAGGCGAAAAUAGAUCCGGACUGGGUUACAUACAGCACUUUAAGCAGCUUGUACAUAAGAAAAUUGUUGUUUGAUAAAGCAAAACCUACUUUGAAGGAAAUGGAGGAGAGGACUUUUCGAAAAUUUCGUGUUGCUUAUUCCUCCCUCCUUAGUCUGCAUACAAACAUAGGAAGCAAGGAUGAGGUGAACCGGAUAUGGAAAAAGAUGAAAUCAACAUUCCUGAAAAUGAAUGAUGCAGAGUAUAAUUGCAUGAUAUCUUCUCUCCUAAAACUCAAUGAAUUUGAGGAAGCUGAGAAAAUCUAUACCGAGUGGGAAUCUGUUUCUGGCAGUGGUGAUUCUAGGGUUUCAAACUUACUUCUUGCAUUUUACAUCAACAAAAAAGAGAUGGAAUUGGCGGAGAAUUUUUACAAUCGGAUGGUUCAAAGAGGGAUCAAACCAAGUUACACCACGUGGGAGCUUCUCACCUGGGGCUAUUUGAAACAAAAACAGACGGAUAAAGUUUUGGAUUGUUUCAAGAAAGCUGUUGGUAGUGUGAAGAAAUGGGAACCCGAUGAGAAAAUCAUUCGAGAAGUAUUUAGGAACCUUGAAGAGCAAGGCAACGUUGAUGGGGCAGAGCAGUUGUUGGUCACCCUUCGAAAGGCUGGCCAUUUGAAUACAGAAGUCUAUAACUUGCUUUUGCGUACUUACGUCAAAGCUGGUAAGAUGCCACUUAUAGUUGCAGAACGCAUGAAGAUGGACAAAGUUGAGUUGGAUGAUGAGACCCAUAAGCUUAUGAAAUUAACUAGUAAAAUGUGUGUAAGUGAAGUUUCAAUUUGUAUUUCUUAAGCAUGGCAUGUAAAUGAUAUGCUCUGACCUUAGAAUUAAUAUCCUGUUUUUCAGUUUAGUUGGAAUCUCUGUGUGAUUUUGUUUCGAUUUUGUUGCGAAGAGAAAUGCUUCAUCUGCUUUUUGUGUAUCACUUACCGAUCAAAUACGACUGCAAUGCAAACUUGAUGACAAAGAAGGAUGAUGAUUGGUGU